AUGUGUGGAAUUUUUGGUGCUGUAUUAGCUGAAGGAAUUAAACCAGGAAAUUUGGCACUUAUGGCGGUUGAAGGAUUGGGUACUGAAGGUUCAGGAUUAAUUGGCUCAGACGGAAAUUCUAAAGGACAUUUCAAAGUCAUCAAAAAUUGUGGACUCAUUAUCGAAGUGUUUAAGGAAAAAGAAGUUCAGAAAUUAAAUGAUUGCGUUGUACUGCUUGGACAUAAUCGCUAUUCAACGGCUGGCAUGAAAGAUGCAAUCAACUGUUUGCAGCCUUUUUUGGUGUAUACAAUGGUUGGACCCAUUGCAAUCGCUCAUAACGGUGAAUUAGUGGACGCUCAACAACAACGAAAAAUUGUUCUCAAAUCUGGUGUAGCUUUAUCAACAGAUACUGAUAGCGAAUUAAUUGCACAAUUAUUAUCAAUGAGUAUUGCUAAAAAUGCCGAAAAUUUAGUUAAUGGCUCAAAUUUUGCAGACAUUUCACAGGAAAUCGCAAAUAUGAUGAAAAAACUUUAUCUUUCUUAUUCACUUAUCGUUAUGACAUUUGACAGAUUGUAUGCACUUCGUGACCCGUAUGGUAAUCGACCAAUUUGUGUCGCAAAAAUUUUUGCAAAAGAAAAACCUGCGUAUUUCGUGGCAUCUGAAUCAUGCGCAUUUCCUUCUACAGCACAAUCGUUAUAUGAAUUAAAACCUGGAGAGAUUAUGGAGAUCAGUAGAAAAGGCAUUCGUUGCAUUCAGCAGAUAAAGCCAGCGGCACCAUCAUUUUGUAUAUUUGAAUAUGUUUACUUCGCACGCGCAGAUUCUAUUCUAGAAGGUCAGCAGGUGUAUUCUGUAAGAAAGGAAUGUGGACGAAUUCUUGCAGACGAAGUUAAUAUUAAAGGAGAUAUUGUUAGCAACGUACCAGAUUCAGCUGUCGCUGCAAGCCUUGGUUUCGCAGAAAAGAGUGGAAUAAAAUAUAUGGAAGUAUUGCAUCGAAAUAGUUAUAUAGGUCGUUCAUUUAUUCAACCGAGUACCGAAUUACGGAAAAAUUCAAUUCUAAGAAAAUUUGGAGUGAUUAGAAAAAAUGUUGCCGGGAAAAAAAUUAUUCUUAUUGAUGAUUCGAUUGUUAGAGGUAAUACGAUGGGAAUUAUUGUUCAUCUUUUGAAGGAAUAUGGCGCCAAAGAGGUUCAUGUUUGUAUCGCAUCACCACCCAUUAAAUUUCCAUGUUACAUGGGAAUUAAUAUUUCAUCGAAAGAAGAGCUAAUUGCAUCAACUAAGACAAAUGAGGAAAUUGCAAAAAAACUUAAUGCUGAUUCUGUAUGGUAUUUGAGUGUGGAAGGCCUUAAGAAAGCAAUAACAAAAGGUAUUCAUCGAAAAUUUGACCGCAAAAUUGGAUAUUGUACUGCAUGUCUUACUGGACAAUACCCUGUUGAUUUGAACUGGUAA